AUGAUGCUGCAGCUGCUGCUGCCGGCUGCCGACGCGCAGCAGCAGCAGCGCUGCAUUCCUUUAAUAGACGCAGAUGAAUUAUCUUUAAGGAUGUUUGGGUGUUUGCCUUCGGGCUGCACUUUGGUGAUAAGCGACGCGGCGGUGGGGGGCAGCGGCGCUGCUGCUGCUGCUGCUGCUGCUGCUGCAGCAGCAGAUGUUGCAGCAGCAGCAGCAGCAGAUGGAGACUCCGACGUUUCCAAAAGAUACAUAAUGGCUGAUGAGGUGUAUGAACAGCGCACUGACACAAUGCGCAAAUUCCUCAAAAAUUUGCAGAGCAGCAAACCCGAGCUCUUUCAGCAGCAGCAGCAGCAGCAGCAGCAGCAGCAGCAGCAGCAGCAGCAGGAGAGUGAGGAGGAUAUCAGGGCGAAAUUCCCCAUAGGCGCGAGGUGCAUGCUGCCUGGGGACCGCCGCGGGCAAAUUGCUUUUGUGGGCGUUCGCCCUUCGCAGCAGGAAGGCCAAAUAUGGAUAGGCGUGGCUCUGGACGAGCCCCUAGGGCACACGGACGGCCGCGACUUCCGCAUCGUGGGGGCGCCAGCAGCAGCAGCAGCAGCAGGAGCAGCAGCAGCAGCAGCAGCAGCAGCAGGAGGGCGGCUAGUGUUCAGCAGCAAACGGCUGUUUGAGUGCGACGGAGAUAAAUAUGGAGACUUUGCGCUCCCCAGCGAAGUCACUUGGCUGCUGCUGCAGCGGCGGCUGCAGCUGCUGCUGCAGCGGCUGCUGCUGCUGCAGCAGCUGCUGCAGCGGCUGCUGCUCAUGCUGCUUGAAAGCGUGUGCUGCUGCUGGGGCUGCGGCUGCCGGGGGUCGCUGCAGCAGCAGCCGGCGCUGCAGCACCAACAGCAGCAGCAGCACCAGCACCAGCAGCAGCAGCAGCAGCAGCAGCAGCAUAAGAUCGAUUAG